UUUUGACAUAAAUGUACGCUAUUGUAUUAUUGUUUUGUAUGACAGCAUUGAAAUAUAUAUAAAAAAAGUAGUUAAUAUUAUGUGAGAAGCCAAUGUGCGAAAUAAGACCAAACGGUACCAUGCCAGCUAUCGUGUGUAAGGUUUACUCUAGGGUUCACUGGAGUGAACUUCAGUAUAAAAUUGUGCCAUAGCGUGAUACUGUCAAGACUAAUGACUUUGGAAUUAAUCGCUUCGUUCAUUUAAUUCCAGGUAAAAAGCCAUCAUAAACUAAUUUCGGUCAAUCCUAUACAAAUGCAAUCACCAUGAAAAUUGCCAGUACCAGUUAACGAGUGGCACCUAUUGAUCCUUAAUGACUCACCACUUCCGGACCUGAAUUAAUUUGUUAUCUUAUUGCAUCAGGGCAGUUCCACGGAAAUGUAAACCUCACUGCCAAAAUUUCAAAAUGGCAUUUAUGUGACAAAUGAUACACCAUUUUAAAGCUUAUUAUGUGAAGUUUAUUAAAAUCAAAUUUAUAACUAAAAAUAAUCACCAGGUCGACUGAUAUUUUCGACUGCAAAAAUACUUUAAAAAUAGUGAUUUUGAGUUAAAAAUCCAUGUCUCAGAAAAUUGUCUUAGUUUGUAUCCUGAACAAAUAUUUUUUUUUUUUUUUUUUUACUGUUUGAAGUGUGCAUUGAUGACAACCAAAUUAUGGGGUGGGAUUUUAUUUUUCUGAUAUUUUUAAUUUUUUAUUCAUUAUAUUAGGAAACUUCUUUUUCCAAUGUACGUCCGACACCUAAAAGGUGGAUUUUUUAAUCUCCUGAAUUCAACCUUGGGCAGAAAAUUGUCAAAGUUACUGUACAAAGCACAAUUGAUACCCUCUAUCUAUACCUGUAAUUGUUUCUUUAAAAAAAAUUCUUAACUGUACAAAAUCAUGGUGUCGGACGUACAUUUUAUUCGCACGUCCGACACCAGUACGUCCGACACCUCGAAAACAUGUACAAAAGUAUUGCUAAUCACUCCCAACACUCAAAUAGAAGAGACAACCACACCUGUAAUUUGCAUAAGCCCAACCCUACUUGAAGGUCAACCAAACAGUCUUCUGCUUUGUUUCAAUUAUUUGCAUUUAAUUAAAUAUUCAUUAGUAACAUUGACACACAAACAUGUCCUAAUAUGGUCAUAUAUUGUGAAGUUCAGAUUGCAUAUGGUGUGAUGCCUACAACAUGUACUGCAUUAAUUGAAGCCAGUACACUGUUAUUAUACAUUGUUAUUACACUGUUAUUAUAGCUGACAUUAUACAUGUACAAGGUAGAGCUUGAUUAGUUGGUGCUGCAUGUAACUUUCUGAAGAUCAUCAAAGACAUAGCCAAGCAAAAUGCCACUAACAAACAAAGAGAAGAUGGCAAGAAAAAGAGCGCAUUUACAGGAAAACCUGCAAGCAUACCCGGACCACCUUGAGAAGGACAGGAAACGGAAGAAAGCAGAGAGAGCUUUUGCUAAGAGCCAAAUGAGUGAACCAGAAUUGGUUCUGCACAGAGCUUCUGAGAAUGCACGAAUUCAAGCAUUUCGCUACUCAAAACGAGCAGGUGGCAAUGGUGCCAUCAAUGCUGAGGUCGACGCAACCAAACCCUCAACCUCAAAACAGUUACCCUAUCGAUCGCCUCAGUCACUGGGGAAGGCAGUCAAAAGGGCAAGGGCCUCCUUACCUUCUUCUCCUAGGAAACGCAAGGUAGUUGCAACAGCAAUUGCCAAAGAAGUUGUAGUUAAUGUCAUAAUGAACAAACCACAUGUGGCCAAAAACUAUGGGCUUGAUGAGGACACAAAGAAAAAAGUGAUUGAAUUCUACUUGAAAGAUGACAUAUCUUGGCAGGCCCCUGGAAGAAAGGAUCGCGUUAUCAUACGGAGCACAGAUAAACAUGGCAACAAAAUGAAAACUACAUUGCAGGCUAGAUACAUGCUGAUGGCUCUGUCUGAAGCUCAUAAACUACUCUGCCGAGAAAAUGACAUUUCUGUUGGCCUGAGCAAGUUUUGCGACCUGAGACCCAAACAUGUUAAGCUGUUUGACAGCAUCCCUCACAAUGUAUGUGUCUGUACCUAUCAUGAGAAUGUGAGGCUCCUAUUGAUUUCACUUAAGGGUGAUACAUGUACUGGGCUUCCUGAAAGCACAUCAGUCUUCACUGACACUAUUGUAUGUGACACCAACAGUAAAGAGUGUAUGACGCAAGACUGUCCUGAGUGCAAGGGCAAAAUACAUGAUUUUGCCCCUGAACUCACUGAUGAGUCAAUUGUUAAAUAUAGUCAAUGGCAAAAAAAUGAUGGAAACACAGAAAAAGUUGAAAUAACAUCAACAGUACACAUGGCAUUUGAAGAGCUAUUGAAUCAGUUGAAAGUAUUUCUUGUCCAUGUGUAUGUAAAGCGUAAGCAAUCUGCGUACAGAGAAAUGUUGCUUAAAAAUGUUGAUGGAGAGGAAAUUGUUUUACAAGUUGAUUUUUCCGAAAAUGCUAGUCUAGCCCACCAGAACGAGACACAGAGUGCCCACUGGAAUCAUGGACAGGCCACACUAUUUACAGCCCAUGCAUGGAUUAAAUCAAACCCUGAUACUACAUGUACUAGGGAAAGUUAUGUACUAGUGUCAGAUGAGCUCCUACAUGGGAAAUUGAGUGUCCAUGCUUUUAUGACUCACAUCUUUUCUGAUUUGAAGCAGAAGUACCAAUCUAUCCAAAAGAUAAGUGUCUUCUCAGAUGGUGCUAGUUCCCAGUUCAAACAAAGAUUUCUUUUUUCCAACUUGCAUAUGUGGGAAGAGCAAUUUGAUGUAGAGCUCAGAUGGCACUUCUUUGCAACUUCCCAUGGGAAGGGUGUUGUAGAUGGUUUGGGGGGAACUGUCCAACGCUCUGUUUGGCGGUAUGUGCGAAGUGGUAAGGCUGAGGCUGUGACCCCAAUGUCAUUCUUCCAAGUGGCUGCAGAAAGAAACCCAAAUGUUUGCAUCCACUUCAUACCAAAAACAGGAAUUGAACAGAGUAAAACUAUGCUAGAAACCCACUGGGAAAAAACUGUUUCAGUACCAAACACUCAAAAAAUACAUAGUGUGAAAACCAAGGGAAAGCACUUUCUUGUAGUAAGUGAUACAUCAGAAUCAACUAAGUAUUCAGAGGUGAGAAUUCUCGAGGAGGAAGAAGCUGACUUAAAUGACUCUCUCACAAGUCAAGCAGAACUUCUCCAAGAAACUGCGGGGACAGAAAUGACUCUGCAUAUCGGUGACUGGGUGGCAGUGAGAUAUGAUGGGGACAUAUUUCCAGGAGAAGUCACAGAUUUUGGUCAUACACUUAUUGCAGACAUUAAAGUGAAUGUCAUGCACAAAUCAGGAAGUCACUGUAAAUGGCCACAAGAUGAAGAUCACAUAUUCUAUGCCAGAAAAGAUGUUCUUGAGAAGCUUAAGCCUCCAAUUGUGGCUGGAAAUAGAGGGCAAUUCACUUUUGACUUACCAUGAUACAUUUGCAAACAUUGGGAAACUU